AAGCAUUCUCUCGGAGAUGCGGGGCCCAUAUCCGACCAGGGAUCAGGUGCGCUCGUGAUUGGACGAGGGCAAUACCGUGGGCUCGAUGUCCUGGUGGCGACUGCCCUUAAAGGCAGGGUCGUUGUCGCGCGCGCCAAUCUUCGAAUUGCAAUUGAAACAGUCAGACGGAAAUUUCUCAACGCGCUACACCUGCUACACAGAAGAUGCUGCCAAUUUCCAACCUCGUAUUUGCAGUCCUUGCUGUUGGGAUGGUCACUGACAUGGCCGUAGUAGCGAACAUUCACCGCCGAUUUCGACGCCAGUCCGAAGGAGAUAACGGGGAGAUAAUCGACAACAUAUUCAACAUUCCGAUCACGGCAAUCAGGCAAACCGCAGCGGCCGCUCAAUCGAUUUAUCCAGAAGGCAGCAGCAGCAUCGACAGCGUUUUCAACAUUCCAGUAGCGACACUGGAAGCGGUUGGAAGUUUGGUGAAAAAUCGAAACGCAUUAGCUCAAAGACGGCCGAUGGAUUCGAUGCUGUCGGACUACCAAAAGCGUAGGAAAGAACGAAAAGACCGACUCCACGCGAAACGUCAAGGCCAGAGGUUACAACAAAACGAUCCAUUUGGUGUGAACGCCUUAACCGACCUUUUGGUCGGGGAUCGGGGCUUUUUUAGUGGACACGGUUCUUGGGGUGGUCACCUGCAUGACUCGCUUAGUGAACACUUGAGUAAUAAAUUUCAAUUUGGUAGUCAGUUAGUUAGUCACUUUGCUGGACACGGUAGUGCACAUGGCGGUUCGCACGGUGAUGGUGAUCAAGGGAACGACGAUCACGAUGAUGUCGGAGAAAAUGUGGCGAGUGCGAGCAGUAGCAGUAUCAGUGACAACGACGGCUACGAGGUGACGGAGGAGCCGGAAGAUAGGAGGAAGGGAUGGGGCAGUUGGUUCGACUUUGGUAAUAUUUUUGGAGGUCAAAGUUCAUCUUCGGCGAACAGAGAGCGGAAUAAGGUCGCCCCGCGUCCGGACAGAAGGAAAUACGGGAGAUACGAGGACCAAGAUGCUCCGUUGGAGAAUAAAAUCGCGCCGAAGAACAGCAGGACGGAUCACCGAAGAAACUACGCCUACGAUCAACGACCGUUGGAGAACAAAAUUGCGCCAAAGGAUGACCGCAGAUACUACCAAAGGAAGUACAAUUCCGAUCCCAGAAUACAAGACAGAGCAGCUCCCAGACAACGUCAAGCGCGUGACAGAUUCGUGUUCGAGCACAGAAGCUUAUGAGUUUUUUGGCUUUCGUCUCUAUGCUGUUUCACUUUUUUUUUUUUUUUUUCGAGACGCGUGAAAAUUUAAUCGACAUUUCAAUCGGCACUCGUUAUCGGCCACUUUUUCGUAACGAAUUUAAGCGUCUUUAACAACGCUAUAACAUUGUGCUCGAUAAUUAUUUAUGAAUCAUUUAGCACGUAUUAAGCUAAUAUUUUAUCGCAAAGAAUUUCAUAUUUAUUAGAAUAACGGUUUCGUCGUUUGUCCUGUAUGCGUUACCAUGCAAUUGCGAUUAAUACAACCAUUUGACAAUAAUUAGCGCGCGAGUCGUCUCAACAAAUCACUUUAGAGACCAUCUCUAAUCAAAUCAAAUCAAAUGAGUAUACGUUGUCUUACAAAAAAAAGAUGAUGAAUGAAGACGACCUAUACACCCAAUCAGAAUAGGUAUGACCAUAGAUCUAUGGUAUGACCAUUUUUUCCGUUUCGAAUCCACAGUCCACGACAAUCUUUCUUUCUUCGCGUGGUAUGGCAACGCAUGCCGGGUACUCUCGCCAGUUGUACAUAAAAUGUAAUUGUAUCAUAAGUUUUCAUUAUAAACCAUUAUGAAAA